AUGUGUAGCUCCGACAUCUUCUUGGCCAUUCUGGCCGUCUUUUUCCCGCCUAUUGCCGUGUGGGUCAAAGCAGGCAUCUGUACCGCAGACUCUAUCAUCAAUAUCGCCCUCUGUCUGCUGGGCUUCAUUCCCGGUCUUAUCCACGCCUGGUAUAUCAUUCUCAAGUACCCUGAGCCGGACUACGAUGAUGUCGGCUAUGAGCCCAUCCCUGGUGGCUCCAGCCAGCGUCGGGACCUGGAGAACGGUCAAGUGACCUACUACUAUGUUUCACACCAGCCUCCCCAGCAUUCCCCUCAGCGAUCAUACGGUGCCACCGACCCACGAGCACCAGCCCAAGGCCCUCAAAAUUCCCAGAGCAAGGCCCAAGCUACUCGACCGGAGGGAAGCGCGGCGGGGAGCAGCAGUGCACAGCCACAGGCCGAAGCGCGACCACCACCAACCUAUGCUGAAGCUGUCCAAGGCGAUCAUAAGAUUCAGACCCAGGAUUAG